CCCCCAGCAGUGUCACGCGGUACCCCAUCAGCUGUCGAAGUCCGCGAAGGACAUAAUGUGACGUUAACGUGCAAAGCGGAAGGCAAUCCGACGCCAACGGUGGUCUGGCGUCGUCAGGACAAACAAAUCAUCCGAUACAAUGGUGCAACCGGAUUUGGAGGUGAGCCCAGCUUGAGUCACUCGGCUAACCGAGGAGAUUAUGGCUACGUAUCCGAUUUCAUAAGCACAUGCAUGUUGUCAUCCUUGCCACUAGAGCGCUUAAUGAAUGGCUCCAAAAUAUGUGGGGAAAGGGAAAUGACAUGGAAAACUCUUGGCAUUGUCUGGUUAAGGCAAUAG